AUGGAAGAUUUGAUGGACAUGGACAUGAGCCCCCUGAGGCCCCAGAACUAUCUAUUCGGUUGUGAACUAAAGGCCGACAAAAAUUAUCAGUCUAAGGUGGAUAAUGAUGAAAAUGAGCUUAUCUUUAAUGAGUUGUCUUUAAGAACGGUCAGUUUAGGGGCUGGUGCAAAGGAUGAAUUGCACAUUGUUGAAGCAGAGGCAAUGAAUUACGAAGGCAGUCCAAUUAAAGUAACACUGGCAACUUUGAAAAUGUCUGUGCAGCCAAUGGUUUCCCUUGGGGGCUUUAAAGUAACACCACCAGUGGUCUUAAGGUUGAAGUGUGGUUCGGGGCCAGUGCAUACUAGUGGACAGCACUUAGUAGCUGUGAAGGAAGAUGCAGAGUUAGAAGAUGAAGAGGAGGAGGACGUGAAACUCUUAAGUGUAUCUGGAAAGCGGUCUGCCCCUGGAGGUGGUGGCAAGGUUCCACAGAAAAAAGUAAAACUUGCUGCUGAUGAAGAUGAUGAGGAUGAGGAGGAUGAUGAUGAUGAAGAUGAUGAUGAUUCUGAAGAUGAGGAAGCUGAAGAAAAAGUGCCAGUGAAGAAAUCUGACAAAAAUUCUUCAAAAAACAGGAAAAAAACUCCUAAAACACCAAAAGGACCUAGUUCUGUAGAAGACAUUAAAGCAAAAAUGCAAGCAAGUAUAGAAAAAGGUGGUUCUCUUCGCAGAGUGGGAGUCAAGUUCAUCAAUUAUGUGAAGAAUUGCUUCUGA